CUGCAAAGCCCUAAACCCUGUUUCACUCUGUCUAAGAUCAUGAAUAUGGAAGUUGGAGUUGCAGAGGAUCACAUCGGAGAGUAACGUACAGAUGAGGAAGAAACUUCUAAUCGCCCUCUCCUUCCGCUCCAAUCGCAACCUCACUCCCAUACCCAAACACGUACCCUUUGAGGUAUGCAAUUCCAUUGGUCCGUCAAAUGUCCAGUGGCGUGGAUGGUCAUAUGCUGCUUCUGUACCUUCUGAGACACCAAAUGCUCAGAAGGGUGGAAAGAGGGUUCCAAGACAUGAACGGAGAGCUAUGGUGGAGUCCUUUGUGAACAAGUAUAGAGCAGAAAAUGCUGGGAAAUUUCCAACUACAAAGGAUAUCAAGAAACAAGUUGGUGGCAGCUAUUAUGUUGUCCGGGAAAUCAGUCAGGAACUAAAAUACAAUUCUAAAAUGAAAUCUUCAAACGGCAUGGAUGAGAUUUUGGUGGAAAAGCUAUUUGAUGAUAGUAAACUUCUGACCACUGAAUCUGUCAAUGUUUCAUCUGGUAAUACUGAGAUUGCAAAACACAGGCCUAUACAAGAUGUUUCUCCGUCAGUGGUUUUAGAUGACAAAGAGACUGUUGACACCGGUUAUGAUCAUCUUGAAGAAAAGGGAGGGCCACGGACUUCCUCUUGGGAGAGAAAGUUGUCUAACGAAUAUGAAACUAUCUCUACACCAGGUAAUAAUUACAUUGCAUCUGAAAGUAAUGUUUUGGAUAAAUGUUCUAAGGAGCCUUACCAAUCAAGUCUCCAGAUGCCAAAUGAUGUUAAGGCUGAGGAAGCUCUUUCUAGUUAUUCUGAUUCUGUUGCACCAGAAAGUCAGCUGCUACAAGAGGAAAUAGAAGGUGUUUCUACUCCCUUUAGUGCAAGUUAUGGUACUGAUUAUGGAAAAGCUCGGGCCUAUGAAUCUGAAUUUGUUGAUGCGGAAAAUCAUCAAAAUAUGGAGAAAAAAUGCAUUGAGAAAACAGGUUAUGAGAGAAGGGAGCAACCUGCCUUGGAAGACCUGUCUGGAGAGCUUUCCCAUUCAAGUCUCCAGGUGCCAAAUGAUGUGAGGAAUGGGGAAGCUGUGUCUAGUUGUUCUUCUGAUUCUGUUGCACCAGAAAGACACCUGAUAAAAGAAGAAAUAGAACAGGUUUCUGCUCCAUUUAUUGAAAAAUCUGGCCGCAGCAUAGGUCAGAGCCAUGAUUCUAAGUUUGUUGAUAUGGAAAACCAUCAAACAACUGAGAAAAAAGGCUUUGAGAAAGCAGCAUACGAGAUAAAAGAGCAAGAUGCCUUAGAAGACCUUCCUGGUGUGGAUGGUUCGAAGCAUAAAAUGGAGCAAUCUCAAGGGUCUUUAGAACUGGAUGAGUCCAAAAUUGACAGCUCUAUUAGUAGGGAGACCAGUGUAGCAGUGAUUUCAGAAAAAUCAACUUUUUGGGGAAAUCUGAAGUCAUUUGCAGAUAGCAUCAUUAAUAUCUGGAGAAAAUAAUGAAGCUUUAUGAAGGUAUAUGGUGCAACUUGCAAGAAAUUCAAUCUUAUUGUACAGCUCCGACGGUAUGUGUAGGGUUCAUGAGAUGCAUAUUUUUGACCUGGCAAUUUUUAAUGGAAGACAUUUGCACAUGCAUUUGUAGUUCUACUAUUCCAUUUGUCUCAUCUAGCUUAAAAUCAAAACUACUUUGAUUCCCAAUCCAGUAAAUUAGCUUUUGUAAAUGAUUUUCACUCUGACGUGAACAAUAGGAAAGGAAAUGCACGAUCUUGCAAUUUACUCCCCUACGGAAUUUAUAUUCAUAAAUGGCUAUGUUUAUGUAUGAAUUUGAGCAGCUGAGAAUGGAAAUGCCAAGGAUGCAAGAAAGCCAAGGUCAGUCCUCACAUCUAUAUUUUUGAUGUGGGGCUGGGGGUGCUUUUGCAUGUUGGAGAGCACUCGAGAAUAAUUGAUUUUUUAGGACUGCAGUUUUUUUUGUUUUUUUUUUUUUUUU